UAUUAGCAUACUCACCGGUGAUAGGUUUAGCGCCAACAGAACGCUGAGCGGCCAACGUUUGACUUUAUUAGCAUACUCAGAAGUGAUUGGUUAGUGUGGAGGGAGCAGGCUUGCAGAAGUCUUAUCUUAUUUGCAUACUGAGAGCUGAUUGGUCAGAGACAGGCGCUCGCUCAGCUCAGUCUCCGCUCGAGCAGUAAGUAGAAGGCAGUCGAGCUUUGAGCUGCGCGGCUCAGCGCGCUUUAAUUUAUUAAAGGGAAUUUAGGUUGGAGGAGGUCGUGGAGGAAGAUUUAUAGAAAAAAAAUAAAAUAAAAUUAAAAAAAGGCCUGGUUUCGUGAUUAUACCUGGAGGAAAUCGUCUUGAAGGGGGAUCUAAUUCGGAUUGACCACAUCUCGGUGCUUUUUUAAUUAUUUAAUGGUGAAGACUGUCCUGUCCAGCGCGCGCGGAUGCCAUUUGAGAAGAAGUUGAGACAUGCCUUAAGUCGGAAAGCUGGUCUUUUAGUUGCUGGGAAUAUGGGAAUGCUGCACGAAUUCUGAGAUAUUAUUCCUAGCUCUGACGGAAAACGGAAGAUCUGUCUGCACUGCAAGUGUCCGCGUGAGGAUCAUGCUGUGACGGCCAUGCCUCUGGAGAUGGAGAAGACCGUGUCCAAGCUGUUGUACGACUUCCAGAGGAACUCCACGUCGGACGACGAUUCGGGCUGCGCUCUGGAGGAGUACGCCUGGGUUCCGCCCGGCCUCAAACCCGAACAGGUUCAUCAGUAUUACAGUUCUCUGCCUGAGGAGAAGGUGCCGUACGUGAACAGCGCUGGAGAGGAACACCGCAUCAAACAGCUCCUGCACCAGCUGCCACCUCACGACAAUGAGGUGCGAUAUUGUAGCGCUCUGGAUGACGAGGAGAAGAGGGAGCUGAAGCUCUUUAGUAACCAGAGGAAGAGGGAGAACCUGGGCCGGGGUAACGUCAGGCCUUUUCCAGUCACCAUGACUGGAGCCAUAUGUGAACAGUGCGGUGUUCAGAUUAACGGAGGCGACAUCGCUGUUUUUUCUUCUCGGGCGGGUCACGGUGUGUGCUGGCACCCUCGGUGCUUCGUGUGCAGCACAUGCGACGAGCUCCUGGUGGACCUGAUCUACUUCUACCAGGAAGGCAAAAUCUACUGCGGCCGACACCACGCCGAGAGACUGAAACCGCGAUGUUCAGCAUGCGACGAGAUCAUCUUCGCGGAUGAGUGCACAGAAGCAGAAGGCAGGCACUGGCACAUGAAGCACUUCUGCUGUUUCGAGUGCGAGACGGUUUUGGGUGGCCAGCGCUACAUCAUGAAAGAGGGUCGGCCGUACUGCUGCGGCUGUUUCGAGUCCCUCUACGCCGAGUACUGCGACUCCUGCGGAGAACAUAUCGGUAUUGACCAGGGCCAGAUGACGUACGACGGGCAGCACUGGCACGCCACUGAAGACUGCUUCUGCUGUGCACGCUGCAAGAAGUCCCUACUGGGUCGUCCAUUUCUGCCCAAACAGGGUCAGAUCUUCUGCUCGAGGGCGUGUAGCACGAACGAGGACGCCAAUGGCUCGGACUCUUCAGACUCUGCCUUCCAAAGUGGCCGAACCCGUGAGGCCAGGCACAGCAGCUCCAAAUCGAGCAAGAGCAGUAGCAAUAGCAACAGUGGUGGAAACGGUUCUAGCGGGUGCUAUUCGGCUGAUGUGGACCCUCUUUCUCUGCAGAUGGACUUGCUGAGUCUGGCGAGUCAGGCCCCGAGUCUGAACAGAGAACCUCCAUCCUGGAAAAAGCAAAUCGAUCGAUAUGGCUAUGAAGGUCGGAAUGAAUCUUCCCCAACUCCUCUGCAACUGCUGAGUCAGUGCAACAUCAGAACGUCCUAUGCCCAGCAAGACAGCAGGCCCAGAGAGUCUGUACAGUCCAAGAGACCUCCUGUAUCUGCAGUCAAAGGACAUUCAUUUAAUGAGAACUGGCUCCAGCCAGAUCCCGAGGACCAUUACCCGUCUGAGCUGAAAGCGCAGGCUAGCUUUAACGAGUUGCCGUCUAAUGGCUUCAUGGACAAGCGCUCGAUCAGCAUCCAUGCCUUUCAGAGGGAGAGAGAGAGGGAACGAGAGAGGGAGGUUGCGGCUCAACUGGGCCGCAGUAGGAACCCCAUCAGUGCACUUAGCUUUAGUGAGCAGCUCACACCGCUGGAACAAACACCUCGCGGUUCCAUGGAAUCAUUAGCACUGUCAAAUGCUACAGGUACCUCGGCAGAUGGUGGCGGUAAGAGGCAGGAGCACUUGUCCCGUUUCUCCAUGCCUGAUUUGAGUAAAGACUCUGGCAUGAACGUCUCGGAGAAGAGCAACAUGGGCACUCUGAAUUCUUCAGUGCAGUUCCACAGCUCAGAGUCUCUCCAUAGCCUCACCACUGGGCAGCCGUACCUGGAGAUGGAGCCACCCGUGCAGGUGAAUUAUCCACUUCCGUAUUCCCAGCAGUCUCCCGGAAUCACCAUUCUACCACCCGGCUUCACCUAUCAGGACGAGGACAGGGCGAGUUUAGUGAGCAGUGCUCACAAUGCCCGUCUGGCACCCAUGAGCGAACGGACUCACCGGCGUGUUCUUGAACCGGAAGAGCCACGACGAAGGCAUCAUCACCGCUCGCGCCGUUCCCGUCGUUCUCGUUCCGAAAACGCACUCAAUUUAGUGGCCCAACAUCGUCCGCCGAUGCCGGAGCGAUCACAGUUACGUGUAUGUGAGGAUUAUGAUCGGUUUCCUCCUCCACGUGGUCCAAGGGAUCCAAAUAAUGGUGGGAUUAGAGAUUCCAGAUUAAGACAGCAGCCUUUCAGGCCAUGCCCUCGCACAACCUCAGACCUUACGCUUCAGAACCCCGCGCCACAGCGCCACAUGGGUCGUUACGCCUGGGAUCCGUACGAUUAUGACGACGACUGGUGCUCUACCUGUUCUUCGUCUUCCGAAUCCGAGGACGAAGGCUAUUUCUUGGGCGAGCCAAUCCCCAAGCCGGUUAACCUAAGGUAUAUGACCAGUGAGGAGUUACUGCACAAGUACAGUUCUACCGGACUCGUAGGAUCUGGUCACUUGGGAACCCGAGGACAGUUACACACUCGCAAGCGCAGGAAGAGCAAAAACUGUAUCAUCUCCUAACAUACACCCAUAAUGCACUCACCUCCACUAUAACAGUUUUAACAGUUCACUUGAUUCGCUUUUCAGUAUUGUGUGGGUGUCAGUGAGCAAUAUGCAGUAAUGUCAGCUUCAGACACGCUUUUGCAUACUUCUUUCCCUUUGAUAUUCCUAAAUAAUCAUUUCUUAGAAAGGUCCAACACCCCACCCGCACCCCAACCAACCCCGGUCUUGCUGCAGCCAAUGUGCAAUUGCGCGUAGUUUUUAUUUUCCGUUUAUAGCCAGCACAGUUUUGCGCCACUUCUUCUUGCUGUGUGUUUCUAAAUGAGUUUAUUCGAUGUGUAUAUUAGUAAAUGAAUUAAUAAAAUACACUUAAGUUAAGGCUGUAAAGUGAAAUAUAAUGUAAAUGAUGUACCGCAUAUUUUUAUAUUUUGUAACAAUAGAAUCAUUUAUGUAUUAAGUAUAAUGUAGAGAUUCCAUAGGAACGCAUGCAAGUUACUUUGCUGGUUUUUGUCCUGUAUUGGAAAUUUUUUUUUAAAAAGUUGCAUUUCAGCAGGUAGUUUGACUGACAGGUGUUGGUUCCAGAUCGUCAGAGCACGGCGUGGUCUUCGAACGACGCGCUCGCCAUCUGCUCGAUGAAUAAAUGCAUUAGAACACGCCGACGUGGCAUCGUCUGCCCACUGUUUCUCACACGUUUCCUUUCCACACAGCUAUGCUUAUGAAAAUUCAGUGAUUUUGUUUUCACCCUUGCUUUGGCAUACUGAGAUUCGACGUAGGCUUAGACUGCUGGCGCCGGUAGGAGCUGUGUUGUUAAUCUUGUUAAAUAAAUAUUGUCUGAAAAAUUGAAUCCUAAUGCAAUUAAAAUUGAAUUUGAAAUGUA